AUGGCGCGAGAUACGCCACCGCGCACUCCACAUCCCUAUGGUCGUCAAUCACUAUCCCCCGACGAGCUGCUUCUUAUCUCUCCUGAAACCCGCUCGAGAUGCCUAUUGACCCCAAUCACCCCAAUAACUCAAGAUCACUCGUCCCCUGCUGUACAAUUACAGGAUCUACUACCACUCCCGUCUCUUUCUCCGCCUGUUCCGCCGUCACCAACCCUCGUUAUCCCCGAGGACCCGGAACCACUCAGGCGUUAUUCCCUUCGCCGCAGGCAGGCACGUCAGCUUCAACCGUAUGCGUUUGACAAGGCGCAGUACAAGGCACAGAUGAAGGCAAACCCUGAUGCGAUCGUGAAGUUUGUGAGUCCGCAGCGUGACGAGAUGCAUGGAGAAGAUGGGUCACAGUGGGCAGAUGGGCAGACGCAAGGUCGAACUCAACCAGAGUAUAGCUUUCCUGUCGACAAUCUGGAGGAGGACAGAGAUUACGUGGACGUGGAAGGAAGGAGGCGAAAAAAGCGGGCCACCGUUGCUGAAGCUGAUCGUCAUAAUCGCGAGCGAGAGGAAGGAUGGCUCCCUGAGGUUCUAAGAGAUCUGUCUGAAAGCGAUGAAAUUGAUGGAACAGACGAAGUUCGUAAGUUGGUGAGGGAGGCGAGGAUAGCUCGAAAGAAGGCUGAGGCUGAGGCAAAGAAGAGGGAGAGGGAACAAGCUCGCUUGAGGGCGCAAGAAGAGGCAGACGCGCAAGAAAUUGCCAAGAAGAGACGUUUGAAGAACUUCCCACUGGCAGGAAAACAACGUGCUACACCAUCUCUUUCCCGCUCGCCCUCGCCCUCACCCUCACGUUCUUUUGAUGUCCAUCCUUUGCAACCUCAGUCCCGUUCGCCGGCAAGAGAUCCCUCUGUGAUCGACGAAUACGAGUAUCAACAAUAUGAUGACGACAUCUACUAUAAUUUCUCCGACCACGAUGCCCACAACUUGAUCAAUGCGGAGAAGGCCAACCCUGAUACCGACAACGACGUAAUUGAAAUUCCCUCAGCACCGUCAACACCACCACGCUCCUCGUCUGCAUUGCCUGAUGGGAGCAAUCAAUUGGACUUGUCCGAUGUCGAUCCGCCCGCUCGUGAGCCCUGCGACCAGUCCAGCAGUCCUUCUCCCGGAAUUUCCUCCAAAGAUCGCAAACGUCUCCGCCUCCUGCAGCGUAUGAUGCCUGCUGUCAUGAUCAAGAAGCAGCUCGAGUUCCAAGGUUCACAGGCAAAAAUUCUUGCUAGUACGAAAAGAGCGCGUUCUCCAACGCCGUCUGAUAGUGGUGACGAGCCCCUGAGACCUGGACACGCACGCGUCCGAAUGGGUGCUGGUGGACGUGACGUUGUGAUUCAGGGAGACCCUGAGAGCUCGGAUGUCGAAAUUUCUCGAGAUGAGGACAUGGAUGCUGAGGUACCCAUCGUACCACAAGUUCGUCGGCGGGCGUCUCCAAAAGUCGAACCAAGAUCCCCGGCCAUUAGCAUCUCUUCCAGUUCCGAGAGUGGAUUGGAGAGUGACGGCGAGGAAAGUGAUGGUAUGAUCGACGAUGCACGGAUCGCUGCGUGGAGCCGAAGUCGCCAGCCUAUGCGCGAGAAGAGUCUGAUUGAUUGGAUGCUUACGCGGACUAGGACGGUGGGUGGCGGGAGAAAGCAGAGGGCCAAGUCAAGUCGGAGGCCUCGAGGCUCUGGUGUAAAAUCCCGAGACAUUGGUGAAAGCAGGGGUGGACGCUCAAGGCCGAAGCUCAGCGUUGUAACAAGUGGCGCGCGAAUGGGCAACCAGACCCUUCUCUCGUUUCCCGCCAUUUCUUCUGACCAUGACCACCGCUCUCAGCAUUCACAUCAUAACAAGGUCCACAAGAGGACAGAAUCAAUACUUCCGGCGGAGCAGGAGUCUAAGGCACUACGGAGGAAACGGAGGAAAACAAAGCGCAAGCAAGCUGAGGGAGAGCUCUACAGCCUCCACCAAUCUGGCAGGCGUAUUGCACGAAAAGGUUUGCGAAUUGAUCUGGGUGAUGAAGGAUUUCAUCAGGCGCUGGACCCGACUUGGAGGAAGGAGAUAGAUAGGUGGCAAAAGCAACCUGGAUCAAUGCGACAACCUGCAUCUGCGAUUUCAUCCCGAGUUCGUCGAGAAGAUACCCCCCAAACUAAGCGCCAGCGAAUUCCAUUUUCGCGUGUUGACUCCAAACCUCAGUCUUGUGUCGAGUCCAGUCAGGAUGAACGUUAUCACGACGUCCACGAGUUCAUGCAUGUUGUAGACCAACGAACGUUGCUGACCACAGUCGACUUGGGUAUCGACUCUCUGCCCUCAGGGAUUGCGUUCUCGUCCGGAACGUAUAUUGGCCGCGGGUUUCUUCACCAACUGGUAUGCCUCGUUACAGGGCAUGCUCAACCUAUUGCUCCUAUGUCAUAUGUUAUUCGGGGGUUCGACCUUGGACCUGAUACAUCGGUCCAUGUUCUUACGACUGUAAUUGCACCUUUGUGCGAUCAGCUCGCAGACGACGUGCUCAAAGGACACGAAUGGACGGCUGCGGCUGGGAAGGAUUGGGAACUCGCGAUGCGAAUGGUGUGCCAGUUGGUAUCGUGGCAAUGUCUCAGCAUCGACGAUCAGGAAUUCAGUUCACUGGAGCUCACAGUACACGAGACUAUGGGUUCUUUGGUGGCGCGGGUGUUGGACGCGGACAUUCAUCACUUCUCAUUGCCUGUUUGCUGGUUUGCAGUAGAGCUCGCUGCCAGAAUCAUGCACGCUGCAAGGACUCGGCGGGGGUCAUCAGAGACCCGAGAGUUAUUCAAAUUUGCGCUCUUACUCAUGCGGCCUCUUUCAGAUGUAGACCUCCGGGAGAUUCUAGCAUCGUUUAAGGAACCCGAUGGCCCUCUAGAGACCGACUCAACUCCCGUUCAAGCUGUAGAGUCAUGGAUAUGCCUCUUUCAUCUCUUGAUUAACUGCACCUCUGAGUCUCCUGGAAAACUAUCAUCGGAGCCAUUUUGGCUUUUGUUCAAACAGCUGAUCCAAGACGAAGCAUCAUCGUUCACCACUGCAGUUGAGGCGAGCGAGUACGUUUGGCGGAAUAUGUUCUCUUUUUGUGCGCUCUCGCAGUUCUCUGUGCACGGGAUGUCGACAUCCCUCAGUAGAAUCGCACCUUCAUGGGAAACGGUUUUGACUGCUUUAAAGCUCAUCUCCCUUGUUGCUGAUCCACAGAAGGAUGCACUCACACAUACUGCGUCCCUGAACAAACGCGACGAGUACGUCUCCCUCGUCGCUUCUCGAUGCUUCCUCCUGUGGAAGCGUUGGAAUUGGAGUUUGGACGAUGCAAUGAUAGUGUUCAACCACCUUGUGGAAAUAUUCAGGAGUCGUAGAUUUGCCAGUCUCCGCCACGAGCAGCCUAAAUUUAUGCAGUUUAUGGUUCAAAGGGACAUAUCUUUACUUUCGGUACAAGACAGGAGCGACAACGUAUUCGAGGUGCUCCUCAAGAUGAUCGUACAAGUUGCGCGGGCGGACAGCACAAGUGACGCGGAGAAAAAACAACGCGACAUACAGGUGAAGAAAAUGCUGAACAUGGUGGUCCCAGUUGGCUCGGUGUCAUCCAUAAGGGCCGUUCAGCCGACUGGGCAGGAUAGUUCUAUGCUUUUCAACCGCCUCAAUGCUAUGGCGGUCGCUAUUCAUCUUGAUCCUUCCAUCUCAAACGUCCGACACCGUGUUGGGCAAGCUCGACGAUGCGUCAACUUCAAAGAUGCGCAUGAUUUUACGAGGGCUGUGUGUAUUCGAGGCAUUGAGCAUAUUAGCGCUGUUAUGCGACAUCACCGCGUACAGCUUGGAGAAAUUCUCAGUUGGCUUGCCGAAGUCACCGGAAUCCUGCUGGACGAGUACCAGGAAGCGCGCACGCUAACAAGUAAAGAUAACAAGAAUAUCGUGAAGAACAAGACUGUGGAGAUGAUCAAGAGUCUUCUCACGUCGGUUGCUCGCAUGAUUGAAACAUGCUCACUGGACACUACGGAUGAGCGACAUGAGUAUCCAGAUCCAGCCUUUUUGGAGGGACCAUGGGUAAAGGACGUCUUCAGUCCCAAAAAUCCUAUCGCCAUAGAGCAUAGCUCCAGUGCUGUGUGUCAAGAGGUGUUGUCAGCUUUCUUAGAUGCUCGAAUGAGGGCAUUACCCCGGCCCACCACACCACCAAUACCGUCGAGUGUUGAUAAUCAAGAGAGCCAGGAUGAGUACGACAAGUUUUUCAUUGACUUAAACGAUCCAGAAAUCCUAGCUGCUCUUGGUGACGAGCCUGCACAAACUUCUGGAAUGGAGUGGAAGCGGAAGGAAGAAGCAGUUUGCAAGGUCGCUCUCAUCUGUGGACCGUUGGCUUCAGCGAUAUUCCGGGUCGUUUGCAGAUAUGUAGUUGAUUCCCCCGCCCCAAGUACAGUCGAUAGUCGCUGUGAGACAGCUGAUAGAUGGAUUGAUUGUUGGGUAGGAGUCGGAAAUGUGUUAGUUCAGAAUGGAUCGAGUUGGAAAAACCACAUGCACCUUGGACCUGAAUCAUGGGAGCGCAUACCUGAUCCCUUAUGGCGUUGCCGGGUUGGUCUUCGAUUCUGCCUCACACUUCUCAGACUUGACUCGAAGGCUUACAGUGCAUACGAGGACUACUUUAUCGAAGUCCUCCUCACAUGUACUGUUUCCUCUAAGACAACAAUUGAACACGAGUAUGCAUCCGUCAUAUUCACUCUGGACGGUCUUCGACACCCACUUCUACGUGGCGUGCUGGCCGAGCCGUCUACCGGGUCAUCUGCAUUCGAAAUAUCGCUGGAAGAGUAUUCGAUAGUCCGGCAGACGCUGAUUGAAUCGGUAUUUGCCAAUCUUGCUGAGCGUCUGCAAGAUAAGACAGAUCCUGUCAACCACAAGUAUCUUGGCUUCUUAAUCUCCAUGCUCUCAGCUAUGAGAAACGACUAUGAAGUUUGUGCAAUUGCCCUUAUGAGCCUGAUCAUGAAGCUAAUGGCUUGCAUACCAGAGCCUAUUAUCUGA